AUGUCAAGAUCCAUCCAGACUGUCUCACAAGCCAGAGACAUCUGUGGUGCACAGCAUGCCCAGGACAUUUGUGGUGCGCGGCACACCAAAGGCAUUUGUGGUGUGCAGUACGUCAAGGACAUUUUGUGGUGCGCGGCACGCCAAAGACAUGCAUGGUGCGCGGCACGCCAAGGACCUUUGUGGUGUAUCACCAGUAGCAGACCAUGGUCUGCCAGGCAUCUCGUGGUAUUGAUGUAA